CUUGACCGUGAUAUUAUGCUGAUUUUAUUCAUUGUGUUAUGCUACGAAUUAGACGAUCCUCUCAUCCUAAUUCAUGAGAAGAAAAUAUCUAGCUUGAUUGCUGUUGUGAAAGUACUAGAGUUAGCUUUAAAGAGACAAAGGCCCUUGUUGAUUGUAGCUGAAGAUGUAGAGAGCGAAGCACUGGCUACACUCAUUCUUAACAAGCUUCGUGUUGGAAUCAAGGUCUGUGCCAUCAAAUCCCCUGGUUUUGGAGAAAACAGAAAGGCUAGUCUACAUGACCUUGCUGUCCUCACAGGAGGAGAGGUUAUAACUGAAGAACUUGGCAUGAACCUUGAAAAGGUGGAUCUGGAAAUGCUUGGCACUUGCAAAAGGGUUACUGUCUCGAAGGAUGACACUGUUAUUCUUGAUGGGAAUGGUGACAAGAAAUCCAUCGAAGAAAGAUGCGAACAGAUUAGGUCAGCAAUUGAAUUGAGCACCUCUGAUUAUGAUAAGGAGAAGUUGCAAGAGAGAUUGGCAAAGCUUUCUGGUGGUGUAGCUGUGUUGAAUAUUGGAGGAGGUAGUGAAGCUGAAGUUGGUGAGAAGAAGGAUAGAGUUACAGAUGCAUUAAAUGCUACAAAGGCAGCUGUAGAAGAGGGUAUUGUGCCAGGUGGUGCCGUUGCGCUUUUGUAUGCAUCGAAAGAGUUGGACAAGCUACCUACAGCCAACUUUGACCAGAAGAUUGGUGUUCAAAUUAUCCAGAAUGCUUAAAGACACCUGUAAACACAAUUGCUUCAAAUGCUGGAGUUGAGGGAGCUGUUAUUGUCGGUAAGCUGUUGGAGCAGGAUAACCCCGAUCUCGGGUAUGAUGCACAGCCAAAGGUGAAUAUGUCGAUAUGGUGAAGGCGGGUAUUAUGGAUCCAUUGAAAGUAAUAAGAACUGCUUUGGUCGAUGUUGCAAGUGUGUCAUCAUUGAUGACAACCACCGAAGCCAUUGUAGUCGAACUUCCCAAGGAUGAGAAGGAUGUUUCAGCAAUGCCUGGUGGCAUGGGCGGCAUGGAUUAUUGAGGUUAUUCCUCCUAACAAAACGCGGAUUUACGAUCUUUUAUCUAAUCCUUUUUUAUUCCUCCAUCCCAACAUCUGAUAACGAAAAACAAAUUCGAGUUUCAGUGAUUAGGUUGGAAGGAUUCCAUUUGUGAUCCUAAGGACAGGGUAAGUGAUAAAUG